AUGCAGCAAGGUCCUACAUUGCCAAUGCAAGCACAUUAUUCUCAGCAUUAUCAACCGUAUUCUAUUGUUCCGCCAUUAUCAGUAUCAUCCCCAUCACUUCUUGUACCACAAUACUCAUCAACGAAUAGCCCUCAAUCAUUAAACUCUACUGAUACUGUAGUAUAUGGGCCCAAUGCAACACCAUUGAAAAAUUCAAAAACAAUAAAUAAUUCGUCAUCAUCGUCACGUUCAAAUGGUGUUGAUUUACGUCGUUUAAUUCUACUAAAUUUACCUACUGAUCUUAUUCGAGAAUAUCUCGAACUUUAUAUAGAAUAUUUAUCAGGCGAAGCUGAAAUAGAACGAGUUGAAUAUUCCACUCUUGAAGAUUCAACUGCCAUGGUUACUUUUAAAACUGAACUUGAUAUGGCAGAAGUACGUCGUCGUCAUUUAAUACGUCCAAAAUUAAACGAUUCUGAAAUUUCUUUAGUUGAAGUUGUACCACCAGCAACUAUUAUGAUACAAAAUUUACCAUCCGAUAUAUCACGUGAUGUACUCGAGUUAUAUUUUUCAAAUCGACGUCGUAGUAAUGGUGGACAAGUGACUGAUGUUGUAUUUGAUGAUGAAUAUCAACAUGCACUCGUCACAUUUGCUGAUUACAAAGAUGUACGUCGUGUUAUUAAACAUGAACAUUCAAUACAUGGUCAUCGUCUGGAUGUAAGAAUUUAUUAUAAAUAUAUGGGUAUUGAACCAUUUAUUGAUGCAUCUAAUAUUGAUAAACAACCAGAUCCAAUAUGUUAUCGUGCAUUGGAUGAUAGUCGAUAUUUAUUUUUACUCAAAAAUCGUCCAUUACUUGAUGAACUUCGUGAACAAUUAAAACCAUUAAAUGCUCAUGUUAGUUUACAAACAGAAGGUAUUUUAGAAAUAAUAUUUAAUGGUGCACGUUCAACAGCAAAACGCCGUUUACAAUGGGCAAAAGAUGUUAACAAAUUAGUUGAUCAUUUUCUAACUGAACGUCUUGUAAUUGAUAAAGUACCAUGGAAUAAUAAAAAAAUACCAUCAAUUGUUUCGGAACAACUUGCAGAUCUUUCUUUGAAAGAUAACACACGUCUUAUGCAAUUAGCUCCUUCAGAAUAUCAACCAGAUCAUAUCAUUGUAACAGCAUUAAAAGAGUAUCUUGAUAGAGCUUUAAAUGAACUUAAUGACGUGCUCUCAAUGCCAAAUUUAAUUCCUGAUAAUACUAUUCCUCUUAAUGAUGCUAUUUAUCGUAGUAAACCAGUGAGUACAACACGUGAUCCAAAAGUAAAUAAUCAUCGAUCAUCCUUAUUACUCGGUUCAUCACCAUCAAGACAAAGUACACAUAAUUCUGAAUUAUCUGCAUCACUAUCAAAAAUGACUAUUAAUGAUAAUAUGGAUAAUUUACGUUUUUAUCAACUUGAUUUACUCUCAAUGCGUUUUGUUGAUUUAGCUCGAAGAACAUAUUUGGAUUUGAGAAUUGAUAUUGAUCGACCAGGACAACGAAUUCAUUUAUAUGGUCCAUCUGAUCAAGUAGCUGUUUGUAAAAAUUAUUUUGAAUCUGUACUCAAUAGUAUGGUACAUAAACAUUAUAAAAUAGGAAAAGAAAUGGCAGUUUUUCUAUCAAAUCCCGAUACCGUCGAAUUAAUAAUCGGAAACUUAAUGCAUACGGAUCAUGUAUGUGCAUUUGAAAUUGAACGUACAGGUAAUAGUCAUCGACGACAUUCAGUAUCUCCACCACAAAGUAUCAAUAGUCUUGAUUCAUCAUCAAUAACGACUGCUCAUAAUAAACUUAUUUUAUAUGGUUUGACACGUGAAAGUUGUGAUCGUGUCUAUGAUAUACUUCGUCAUGAUGUACGUGUCAGUUCAAUAAUGUUAGAUAAAGAUGAUAAACGUUGUUUAGCAAGUGAAUCAUGGCAUACAUAUGUACGUAAUCUAUAUUCAAGUUCAGGUGGUUUUCGACGACGACGUGUACUUUUACAAGUAAAACAAAAUCAUUUAAAAUUAGUUGGUUUUAGACAAGAUGUUGAUACUAUGCGUAGACGUAUUUAUGAUUAUUUUGUUGAAAAUUCAAUUUCAUUUUAUGAAUCUGAUUGA